CAACCAUUUCAUUCAUAUCCAAGGGUCGAAAAUACUAAAGAGAAAUUAUCUAGAGAAUUUUCUUCUUACAUAAGUACUUUGAACGCUAUAAAAUCGUUCUUAUACAGCUCGUUUGAAAUAGUUGCUUCUUUUACGUCUUUAAAAAACCGAAACGGAACCAGCUUGAACUGUAGUACAAAAGAGAACUACUAUCUUUCUUUGUGAUUUAUCAGUAUAUUUGCAUUUAUUUUCUUAGUGUACCAUGGCAAUCGACUAUAGUAAAUGGGACAAGCUUGAGUUGAGUGAUGAUAGUGAUAUUGAAGUUCACCCCAAUGUUGAUAAGAAAUCAUUUAUUCGUUGGCGUCAACGCGACAUUCACGAGAAGCGUUCUAUAAGGAAACAAAAGAUGGAAGAUAUUAAGAGUGCACUAACAAUGAAUGAGAAACUUAAGGAUCGUAUUAGUCAGAUGUACUCAUAUCUUCAAAAGGAUUCGCCUUCGGAACCGUUGCCUUACCUUUCUUCAUUUUUGCAAUCUAAACGAGAGGAGGAUUCCGAGCAGGCUAUAGAAGGGGGCAUGUCUUAUCAUCAAAUGUUAGUUGCUCUUUUGGAUACUAUCAAGAAGGCUAUUGAAGAGGAAAAGAAUACUUCAUUAGGUCUUACCGAGCAAUAUAUAAAGCAUCUUCAAAGCCAUGAGAAACGCCUUGACAAUUUGAUGGUAAACGCCAAGAAGGAAUACGAUGAACUUGAAUCCGAAAGUAAGAAGUAUAUUACUUCAGAAGAUUUGCACAUCGGAUUUGAUAGCACACAUGUCCAAAAGAAAGAAGAAGAACAACAAAAGAAAAAGAAACAAAAAGAAUCUGUUCAGGUUAUUGAGUCCCUUAAUGAUCCUAGUCCAUUUGCUCAACAUGAAAAUGCAUCUCAAGCUCAAUCUUCAUCCGUCGCUGGUAAACCUGAAGAAGAGGAUUCCGAUUCGGAUAGUAUUUCAAUGUCUACUGAUGGAAAGAAGUUUUCUCAAAUUGCUUUCGGUGAUUACUCUGCUUCUGAGUCUUUCUUAAAGGAUCAUCUUCACAUACUAGCCCAGGAGUCAGAAUCAGAUUCAAUUCUGCUUGAGGCAUUCAAUGCUGAACUCGAGGGUAAACCUUGGUUGGCUAAACAGUAUGUUCACCAAGCCUUAUUGAUCAACUAUUGCCGACAACUUGGCCCUAGUGGAAUUACAAUUUUCUUUCAACGUGUGCAAGAUCCCAAUCACCAAGCUCGUCGCUUAUUUUUGGAGGACGUUCAAAACACAUACAGCCGUAUUCAUGAGCGAAGCCAUGCUAUGGCAAAUGAACAAGCACAAAACGGAGAAGGUGUUGAACAAAUCCAACUCUGUUCUGUGGAUCCGAAUACCAAACUAUCCAUAAUAAUUCCCGAGAAAGACGCCGUAGAACCCGAGUUGAAGGCUGCGCGAAUGACUUUUGAGUCUUUCCCCCCUAAUCUUCAAAGAGCCUUGGAAACAAACAAUCUUGAUAAAAUCAAUUCUGUCCUUGGUAAAAUGUCAGUCGAGGACGCAGAAGAGGUUGUUGAAAAACUUAGCAGCACCGGCAUGCUUAGUAUUGAAGAAGGGAUAAUAGAUACCACUAAAGGUGAAACAAUUCCUCAACCUAUCAACGAAUAAGCACCUACUCCAGUUAGAUAUAUCUCCCAUUACGCAGCCAUAUCUUAUGAUGAAUAAAAUAUAAAUUUAAAUUCAUUAAGGGAACAAGAUUUAUACCUUUCCAAUUGAGUUGCUUGAUAAAUAGUCUUAUUAUUAUUAUUUUUUUUUCCUCAACAGUAGAGUUGUAUCUAUGCU